AAUAUUUUCUGAAAAGCAUGCUGGUAUUUUCUGAGAAAAUGCCAUAAUUUUCUCACAUCCAAGCAAAAUACCCGAAUAAACAUGAUUCUGGAUAUUAGACAUUACACAUCAACUUGUUUUUCUUCUCUUUCUUUCUCCAUCUAGAAAUUUUAUAAAAUAUCUCUUAGUGCCAAAGAUUUAGACUUCUACUUCGCAAUCUAACGCCUCGAAUUCUGUAAUAUAUGUAUAUAUUUUCUCUUACAAGUUAAUAUAUGGGUUUGUGUUUCUCUCUCAUCCAUCUUUGAUUCUCUCACAGCCUCUCUCUUUCUCUCCCUCAAAAAGUUUGCCGAUGAAGAAAUCAUGACAUUUAUGUUGUAAUUUGAGCCAUGGGCGCCUCAAGUUCUCUCUAAUUCUCUUUCCACAUUCUGGGUAUAAUCAGGUGAUUCAAUUGGUCUCCAAUGGUUUGAUCUAACAAAAAAGGGGGAUUUUUGUUAGAGAAAGGAAACAUCAUGCUGAAGCAAAUUUUAAGCAAGCUUCCUCGAAAAUCCUCAAAAACCGAGUCGCCUGAGUCAGUUCGGAUUAACUCAGGCACCGGAGCUGGUGCCCCCUCGUCCUCCGGUCAAAAUUGCAGCAAUGGUAGGAACUCAUCUCCUGGUCUAUCAAACCAGACAAAGCGGACGUCAUCAGCGGUUUUUCCAACGAAUGUGGUGACUGCAAUUGAACCCAUUGUGCCCUUCAAGGACGUGGGUAAUGCAGAGAAGAUGAAUCUGUUCGUAAGUAAAGUGAGCCUUUGUUGUGUAACCUUUGAUUACAAUGAACCAGGUAAGAAUUCUUUAGAGAAAGAUGUUAAGCGGCAAACAUUGAUUGAGCUUUUGGAUUUUGUUGGUUCUGGGUGUAUGAGAUUUAGUGAGCCAGCAAUUCUAGCGAUGUGUAGAAUGUGUGCUGCUAAUCUCUUUAGAGGUUUCCCACCCAAUUACAGAUCUAAUUCUUCAGGUGGCAAUGGUGAAAAUGAUGAUGAUGAGCCAAUGUUUGAUCCUGCUUGGCCACAUUUGCAGAUUGUUUAUGAUUUGCUACUCAAAUUCGUCACUUCAUCUUGUCUGGACACCAAGGUAGCUAAGAAGUAUAUAGAUCACACAUUUAUUUUGAGAUUGCUUGAGUUGUUUGAUUCAGAUGAUCCAAGAGAAAGGGAGUGUUUGAAGACCAUUUUGCAUAGGGUUUAUGGGAAGUUCAUGGUUCAUCGUCCCUUUAUUCGAAAGUCGAUGAGCAAUAUCUUCUACCGAUUUGUGUUUGAAACUGAGAGGCAUAAUGGGAUUGCAGAGUUAUUGGAGAUUUUUGGGAGUAUAAUUAGUGGGUUUGCUUUGCCUUUAAAAGAAGAACACAAGAUUUUCUUGUUGAGGGUUCUUGUUCCUUUGCACAAACCAAAAUCAUUGGGGGUUUACUUUCAACAAUUAUCAUAUUGUAUUACACAGUUCAUAGAGAAGGAGCCUAAGUUGGCAAGUAGUGUGAUAAAGGGAUUGUUGAAAUACUGGCCAGUAACAAAUAGCCAAAAGGAGGUUAUGUUUCUUGGUGAGUUGGAGGAGAUUUUGGAAGCCAUUAACAUGAUGGAGUUUCAAAAGGUCAUGAUCUCAUUGUUUUGGAGAUUGGGUUGUUGCAUCAACAGUUUCCACUUUCAGGUGGCUGAAAGGACGCUGUUGUUAUGGAACAACGAUCAAGUAGUGAACCUGAUUGCACAUAACCGGCAGGUGAUUGUUCCAGUGAUAUUUGCAGCGCUGGAGAGGAAUGUGCAAAAGCAUUGGAAUCAAGCUGUGGUUAAGCUGAGUUUAAAUGUCCGGAAAAUGUUGCUGGAGAUGGAUGAGAGUCUGUUCAUGGCGUGCCAUUCUCGGUACAUGGAGGAAGAAACAAAAUUAUGCUCGGUAGCUGAGACACGGAGGAAAGUGUGGGAACAACUAGAGAAUGCAGCGAGUCUACAGCCCAUAACGAGAAAUACACCGAUUCUGCUCUCUCCUUUUGCAACCUCCAUUGCCUGUUAACCACCUUCAAUGUAAUCUGUAUUCAUGGUGUUGGUUGUGGCAUUUGUAUUAUACAAAAAUUUGAUUAUAUUGUAUUAUAUUUGGGGCAAAUGAAGAGGUUUAAUAAGUGUUAAGAGAGAGAAAGAAAAUCUCAAGGAUUUUUUUCUCAAGGAUUUCCUUUUGGGAGUGAAAAUGUUAGGAGUAGUUUUAUAGAAUUAAUUAAC